AUGGACGAUGUGGCAGAGAUUCAGCACAACGAAAAUACAUUUAGACGACAGCACAACCACAAAACAUUUAGACUACAGCACAACGACAAGACAUUUGGACGACAGCACAACGAAAAGACAUUUAGACGACAGCACAACGACAAAAAAUUUAGACUACGGCACAAUAACAAGACAAUUGGACGACGGCACAACGACAAGACAUUUAGACGACAGCACAACCACAAAACAUUUAGACUACAGCACAACGAUAAGACAUUAGGACGACAGCACAAUGACAAGACAUUAAGACGACAGCACAAUGGAAAGACAUCGGGACGACAGCACAACGACAAGACAUUAGGGCGACAGCACGACGACAAGACAUUUAGACGACAGCACAACCACAAAACAUUUACACUACAGCACAACGAUAAGACAUUAGGACGACAGCACAACGACAAGACAUUAAGACGACAGCACAAUGGCAAGACAUCGGGACGACAGCACAACGACAAGACAUUAGGACGACAGCACAACGACAAGACAUUAGGACGACAGCACAACGACAAGACAUUCAGACGACAGCACAACGACAAGACAUUUGGACGACAGCACAACGACAAGACAUUUGGACGACAGCACAACGACAAGACAUUAGGACGACAGCACAACGACAAGACAUUAGGACGACAGCACAACGACAAGACAUUUGGAUGA